AUGCCGGAGAUUCCGGAGGGAGACGAGCCCGAGGAGGCGCCGCGGCCGCAGAUGUUCCGCGGCGGCAACUCCCGGCGGCGGCUCGGCCACUACGUGCCGCGUCCGCUCGAGCGCGGGGAGUCCGUCGAGAGUCGCCGGCGCAGCCCCGACAGCGCGCGCUCGGGGCUCCGACGCAGCCCCUCGAACGCGCACGAGGACUCCACGCCGGGCUCGGGCGACCACCGGUGGCUGCGCGACCCCACAGGCAGCAUGGGGCGCCGGGGGGCGCACUCCGGGCGGCCGUGGAGCACGAUGGAGAGUCCGACGGCCGAGCUGGACGAGCAGGACUCGCCGCUCGGGAUGCGCAUGUCCGCGCCGGGGUCGACGGAGGACGGCGAGCGCCUGCGCGGGUUGGCACGGUCGCAGUUUGGCCGCGACGGCGCGCCCGUGGUGGUCGUGGGGGACGACGAGGAGGGCUCGGACGACGAGGGCGGGCGGCGGUCGGCCGGGCGGUGGUUCGACGAGCCGAUGGUGGCGCGGAAGGGCGGGCGGAGGUCCCCGGUGGACGCCGUGGGCGGGCGCGCGAGCCCGCACCUGCCCGUGCGGCAGAGCGUGCGGUCGCCGGAGUCGCCGGGCGGGCGCGAGGAGGGCCCCGCGCCGCCGGCGCAGGAGGACCUCACGCCGAACCAGCGCCUGCUCCAGAUGCGGCACGCGAAGCGGCAGGCGGAGAUGCGCGAGCAGUGGCGCAAGCCCAGCGUGCAGGGCAACUUCCGCAACGUCCCGGGGAUGCGGUCGAGCGUGUCGGGGGCGGAGUACCGGCACGAUCUGCAGGGCACGCGCCUGCAGCCGCAGUUCACGAAGACGCGGCGGACGCUCGAGGACGGCGUGCUGGCGUCGCUGGACCAGCAGCAGACCUCGCAGAUCUACGGCCCGGUGGUGAUUCGCACGCAGCUGCAGAGCCUCGUGAAGCGGUUCAACAGCCGCAAGGGCGAGUACGACCGCGUCGCGCUCGUCCUCCCGCUCUCGUCGGCCCGGCAGCCGGACGCGCCCCCGCGCGAGCACAACCUGGAGGACAUCAAAGAGCGACUGAUCCGGCAAAAGGUGCACCAGCUCGAGAUGCUGCGGCGCGAGCAGAUGGCCGGCGGGGGCGCGGGCGCGGGCGCGCGGGGCAAGCAGCGCCGCGGGGCGCGGGGGCGCAUGGGGGUGGGGUUCGCCGACGGCGGGUACGACGCGGACGAGCUGCUGUUCGGGGACCUGAUCGGGUGCCAGGAGGUGGCGGAGGAGCACGACGAGGACUGGGUGGACCCGGAGAGCCUCGCGGGGAUGGCGUACCGGUCGCACGGGCGGUCGGCGCGGUUCUCGCAGAAGGCGCCGUCGCUGAUUGACAGCGACGAGGGGGGCAGCGACGGGAGCGGGCGGGAGCGCGCGGCGUCCGCGGCGGGGAGCACGCGGAGCGCGUGGAGCAUGAAGAGCGCGCGGAGCGGGAAGAGUGUGCGCAGUGCGAAGAGCUCGCGCAGCGUGAAGGCCAGCGGGGGGGAGGAGGCGCGGUCAGGGGGGGAGUCCCCGAGCCCGCCGCCGCCGCCGAAGGAGCACGUGCGGCUGGAGCAGUUCGUGACGCCCGGGGGGCGGCUGCAGCGGCGGGCGGUCCGGGACGCGCGGUCGCUCGCGGGGACCCCGCAGCCGCCCGGGGGGGGUGUCUGGAACACAGCCCCGGGGCGUCUCUUCUCCGCGCCCGUCGCGCGGAACGGCAUGUCGCCGACGCCCGACAUGCCCGUGCGCGCCCUGACCUUUACGCCGGCCACCGGAGGCCCGCCGACCGCGCCCCCGCGGCCCGCCACCGCGCAGCCCACCGCGGCGCGCCCUCUCACCGCGCGACCGUCGGGCGCCGGCGUCCGGCCCGCCACGGCAGGCGACGCACCGCGCCCCGUCUCCGCGCACCUCGCGCGCGCGCAGCAGCCCCCGUACAAGCUGCCGGACACCCCCGACACGCACAGCCUGCUGCAGGAGCUCGCCGACGAAGCACGGGCGGGAACGUCGCCGCCGCGGUCCCCGCGCCGCGCCCCGACGCGCCCGGGCACGGCGCCCGCGCAGAUCUACCGCACGGCCGCGCCUGCGCGGCGCAACGCGGACGGCUGGCGGCGGCACCACUACAUGCAGCACGGACCGAUGGUGGCGUCGACGAGGGUGGCGGACGCGGGCCCGCCGCCGGUGCUCAAGUGGAUCCCUCCGCAGGGCACGAAGGAGCGCGCGCUGUACAUGUCGAAGUCCAUAAAGCCGAAGCGACCGCAGCGGAAGGCGGGGCAGAUGGAGUGGCGGGACGUGCCCGACCCGGUGCAGUCUGACCGGCCGCUGUGGAGGGACGCGGCGCCGCUGGUGCCGUCGCAGGGGCCGCGCACAGAGCGCAGGAGCCCCGCGAAGAGGGCGAGCCCGGAGACGGCCCGCAGGGGGACCGCGUCGCCGCGUCGCACGAAGCGGAGUGCUGGGGCGGAGCUGGCGAGGAAGCCGCGCGCGGUGAUGACGACGAUGGCGAGGGACCUGACGCGGUUCUGA